AAAUUCUUCCCAAAAUUAGUUGUAACUGCGAUAAAACCCAUUCUCGCGAGGGCUGAGGAGCGGAUCCAGUUCUCUUCGUCGAAGAACAAGCAUUCUAGUUCGGACGCCGUCCACCGCUGUCGGCCCUGCGUGGUUGUGCUCGGGCAAGUAGUGAAGAAGGGAUUAAUAUCAAAAUUUCAAGAUGCCGGCUACUGCGGGUAGAGUUCGUAUGCCUGCAAACAAUCGGGUUCACAGUAGUGCAGCCCUUCAAACCCAUGGCAUAUGGCAGAGUGCUAUAGGUUAUGAUCCAUAUGCACCCAACAAGGAAGACAAGAAGGAUACUUCAGAGAUAGCGGCAAAUGCAGAACCAGAUGCUGAAAAUGCAUAUGCCAGCUUCCAAGGACUCCUUGCACUUGCUAAAAUAUCAAAUUCUAAUGUGGACGUGGAUCGAGGAUGCUGCAAGAAGUGUGGGCGUGUUGGGCAUCUCAAGUUUCAGUGUAAGAACUAUGUAAAGGUCAAGGAUGAUAAUGAGGAGAAGGAUGCAGAAGCUAUGCAAGUUCCGGCAUUGAUUGCACUGGAUAAAUUGAAGGGAAGGGCAGCUAAGGUUGAAAGAAGUACUGUUAAGAGCUCGGAUGAGAGUGAUGAGGAGGAUGAGAGUGAGAGUUCAGACUCCGAGGUAGACUCAGAGAUUGAGAGAAUUAUUGCGGAAAGAUCCGGGAAGAAAAUCAACAAAAAGGGAGGUUCUUCAAGAAAAAGGAAGGACUCUGAUGAAGAUGAGUCUGAUUCUGGCUCUGGCAAGAGGAAGAAGAGAGGGAGAUCAAAAAGGAGGCAUGGGAAGAGAGAAAUUAGUGAUUCUGAUUCGGAUGAUUCAGAUUUAAGGAAGAGGAAGAGGAGGAGGGAGCACAGGCGGAAGAGGGGCAAGUCUUCAGCGGAGAAUUAUGACCGUAAGCAUAGAAGAAAGAGUCGGAAGGAGAAGAGGAGAAGGAGAAGCUGUCGAUCAGAUUCUGAUUCUGAAACAUCUGAGGAUUCUGGGAGAAGACAUAGACGGAGAACUAGGAAGGCAGAAUCAUCAACCGACACUGAUCCAAGUGAUCUGGAUGAUUCAAGAAUGGGCAGGGAUUUGAAGAAAUCUGCAAAAGGCCGAAGACACCAUUCUGAAGAUGAUGAAUAGAAUAGUGGAGUGUUUACUACGAACUGUCAUAUCCAUGGGAAGACAGUUCCGUGGAGUAGCUGAAGUCCAUAUAUGAAACACGAUUUCCUUUCCGUGUGAAAUAAUUGAGUACUGUCAUUAGGUGUCAUAUCAUAAUUUUAUAAUUGGGAGGCAAAGAUGCAUGCAGUGAAGUUCAAGUUUCUUGAGAUCAUUCUACUGGUUCUCGGCCAGAGGUAUUAAUGUAUUAUGCCUACAUCCUUGAUUGCUGUCCGUGUUGGAAUGAUUGCUUUGGCUUUGCUUGGUUGAACUGUUGCGUCAUAUCAUGCAUGACUAGCAUGGGAGAGGUGUCCCUUAAAUCCAUGAGGUUGAGGGUCUCUCUGGGUAUUUUAUCAAAUCUCUAUUAGGAGAAGUGCUUAUAUUUAAUUCCUAAUAAUGUUUCGAACAAGAUUGGUUCUAAAUACCUGUGUACAAUAAAAUAAACUGGUAGGAGAACUGAUUGCUAUCUGUGGAUUUAUUUUGGAUUCGGUAAAAUUAUGUUAUUAUCUGCUAAA